AUGGCUAGAAACGUUUUAUUUCUCCUGACGGUGUUGUUGCCAGUGACGGGAUUGCAAGUCACGCCAAAUUCACCAUGUUCGAAUAUCUGCAUCGACGCUUCCGACCUGGAUGCCUCUGAUCCCAACUCCUCCAACACGCAUGGCAAGGACAUUGUCUGCCCAGACACCCAAUUCGAGAGCAAAGCCAAUGGGCAAAAGUUCAAAAGUUGCAUGACGUGUCUGCAGAAUAGCACGUACACACAAGGCAGUGAGAGCGAUCAGGCUUGGUUCCUCUAUAAUCUGAGAUAUGCAUUCGACUACUGCAUCUUUGGGUACCCCAACGCCACGGGCAUCGGCUCAAACCCAUGCCUCACACCCGAAGCGUGCGGAAAGUUAGGCACCGCACUAAAAGACGGCAUCACAACACCAGAGAAAGUCCAACGUCUUCAGUACUGCGACAUAGAUGGCGGUGUACUCACGGGCUCUUACUACGAGAGUUGUCUGCAGUGCGUACAAGCAGACGGCCAACACGCCUACCUCUCGAACUUCCUCAUCGCCCUCGAAGCAGGGUGUAAGCAAAAACCCCCAGCCCACAUCCCCAUCGGCCUCAACGAAACAAUAUUCACCAGCCACACCAUCCAAAUCGUCGAACCGUCCGCACAAUCCUCCUCCUCGCCAUCCCCAGUCCUCUCGACGCCCGCAAUCGCCGGCAUCGCCAUAGGAAGCGUCGUCUUUCUCGCCCUCCUCUCCGGCUGCACGUACAUGCAGAUCCGGAAGCGCAGAAACAAACUCGACCGCUCCCGACGCACGCUCUCCUUCCGCUGUAAGACAGCAGCAGCUACAUCACAGCCCGUAUACACGGACGACUACGACGACGAGCGGUUCUUCGAGAAAUCCGAGGCGGAAGUAUCAGCAGUGAGCAUGAGCCCCGUGGCGAGGUCGAAGCCCGUGCCGUGGGAGGCGCAUGGGCGCCAGUUGAAUAUCAGUACGAGCGUGCCGUGUCCGGAGGCGGCGUACACGAGUCCCAGGAUGGGGGGGUUCUCGCCGGAUGAUUUUACGCCGCCUACGUCUACUGUGUCGACGAGGUCGAGUGCGCCGUUGCUGAGGGGGGGGUUCCCCAGUCCGGGGAUGGGGGGUGGUGUUUUUGGGAGGCCGAGUGCUGUGGUGAGUCAGGAUGCGAGGGUGAGGAGUGAGACUGUAGAUGGGAGGAAGGGCACGCCGGGGUCGCCGGUGAGGAUUACGAGGAUUCAGACGACGUUUGAUCCGCCGCCUACGAAGUGA